AUGGCCUGGGAACCGCAUCAAGAUGACCAGGGCAGAGUCUACUAUUACAAUUCAGUGACGCGGCAGAGUACUUGGGAGAAGCCAGAUGAGCUACUUACUCCGCUCGAGAUAGCCCUUAAGAGAACGGGAUGGACCGAGUAUGAGACUGAUGAUGGCGCCAAAUACUGGAAUAAUGACGCUUCUGGUGAGAGUGUGUGGGAACUGCCAGAGGAUAUCAAGAAACUGGAAGACGAGAUCAAAAACAAACGCAGUGAAGAUCGCACAGAGUUGGCAAAUCUGCCGGUAGGACCAAGUGCUGCUAAUAGAAUCCCAGCUGGAAUUGUUAGUGGUGGUGCUCCAGGUGCUGGAAUUUCUGUCAGUGGUACAAGUGUAUCAGGUGCGUCAGGUGUCUCGCAGAUUCCAUUGUCUUCAAAUAAUAAAUUUCCGAGCCAGAGUGCUGUUCAUCCAGACAGAGUCGAAUAUCUGCGCAAGAAUCUCGAGGGUCAAGAUCCCAUGCAAGCAGCUGUAGAGGAGUAUCGAAACGCAUUGAGAAGAGCAGGUGUUGACAAGAUUUGGUCAAAUCCUGAAGCUGGUGACAACCAGGAAGAAACUCACGAAAAGGAAAACCAGAAUGGUUCACGAAACGACGACCGCGACCGACAAAACGAAGAUGAUAGAAAUGGAAGUGGUUAUAGGGAAGACAGAGAAGGAAGAGAGAGACGCGAUGGACGAGAAAGAACAAAUGGCUCGGGAGAGAGAACAAGAAAGAGCCAUAUGAAAAGUUUGAAGGAGCAGGUGUUUGCUCGUCCUACUUUUAUGCCCUGGAACGAGGCCGUGAAAGUCCUCAUCACGGAUCCUGGAUACUGGGUGAUUCGUGAUCCAGCAGACCGUAGAAAGCAUUUUGACGAGUUCAUCAGCGAAGUCACUAAUAAAUACCAGACUGAACGUCUGGAACAGUGGACCUCGGUGAUAAAAAGCAUGUCUGACGUACUAGCAAAUGGUAAGUACAGUCGUAGAAUCAAGUACUAUUCGACAUGGGCCACUUUUAAAGAUGAUCUGAAUCGAGAAGCGCCAUUCCAACAAGCUCUCGAGUACUUUCCAGGAGAUUUCGGGUCGAGACUCCAGCGAUUUGUAUUUCAUAAACGAUUGCAAGAACUUCGCAAGCAGCGAAAUGCGGACGUAGAAGCUAGUAAAACCCAAGAAUUACGAGUACUCCGAGAUCAGUUCUCAAAACUACGUGUCGACUACAGCUCACGUUGGGAAGAUGUGUUUAGUUCUCUACAAAAAAGUGGUGUUUUAUCCGCAAAAAUACACCAUCUUGAUAAUCUCGAUAUUCUCGAGGGUUAUGAGGAGUAUAUGAAGACUAUUGAAAGAGAAGAAAAUGAAAAGCUACGAGACUUGAAGAAACUUCGGUAUAGACAAGAACGAAAGAAUCGUCAAAACUUCAUUCUAUUGUUACAAGAAUUAAAACAAAAAGGCCAGCUCAAUGUGCAUUCCAAGUGGGCAAAAGAGAAUGAUGACGAUACAAAAGCCAUUUUCCCACUUAUCAAGGACGACCCCCGGUAUAUUAAUUUGUGUGGUCAGCCUGGAUCCACACCUCUAGAGCUGUUCUGGGAUACAAUUGAAGAAGAAAAACGUAAAAUCAACCUCAACCGAGAACUCGUUAUUGAUAUUAUAUCAGCCACUCGAAGCAAUAUGCCCACUUCACUCGAAGAAUUCGAACAACUUCUGAAAUCCGAUCCUCGUGGUGGCCAGAUCCCUGCUGAACUGCUGCAGGACGUUUAUAAGAGCUUGAAAGAAAAGGGUAUCGACUAUUCUUCUUCAUCCCUCUCUCGACGAGAUCACGAUACUGAUCGGAUUCGUGGUCGGGAACGGUCACGAGACCGCGAUCGUGAUCGUGACCACGGCAGAAACAGAGAUCGUGAUCGUGACCGUGACCGUGGAGGAGAAUAUGAUUCUUAUGCGAAAUCGUCGUCUCGCAGAGAUAGGUCACGAUCUCGAGAACACCGUUCACAUUCGCAUCGAGACCGCGAUGCGCAUGACCGGGACCACGAGCGGUCAUAUUCACGUCGUGACCGGUCUCGGUCUCGGUCCCGUAGCAGCUACUCACGAUCACGUCGCGAGUCUAGAUCACACUCACAAUCCCACCACUCGGACGACGACCGAUUCCGAGCUGCUCGAAGUCACAAACGACACACCAUGGAUUUCUACGACGCUCUCGAUGCUCUACGACCGAGAAUUGUCCUGGAAGAUACCUGGAAAACCAUCCAGCCCCGUGUCGAAUCGCUGCCUGAAUACAAACCACUCGACGAAUCCGAAUGCCGCAGCAUCUUCGACUCGUACCUCCGUCGUCUCGAACGAGCCAACGCACCACGACCACCUCCACCUCGCCGAGACCGUCACCAACGAGACCUCGAACGCGUGUCCCACAACGAAGACCUCCGCAACCGGCCCUCGGGCCGCGGUCUCGACAGCGGACCCAUCCUCGACUACUAA